AAAAUCGAAGCCGUGCCGACACCGAUAUCCGGAUUACCCCUAGCAACAUUAAAAUGGUCGAGUGUUGGAGCGGGCUGGCUGGGUAGACGUUUUGUUUACACCUGAGAUCAAAACGAUUAAACUGAUAUAUUGUAACAAGAGAGCCUUUCAGCAACAUGGCUGACCGUCCUCAGUCACAGCACAGCUCUAAUACGCAUGCCUCAGCCGCAGGGUCGACAGCACCACCACAUCAGCAAUGGUCGGCAUAUAAUGGCCCCGUUCUGUUUACAGGCCCGAGUGGUUUGACAGACCAAAGAGUGAAAGCUAUGGCCGAUUUCCAAAUGGUAGGGAACGGAGACAGAUCCCCGGAAGUGACCAGUCAAAUGGGAUACCUUAACAGACCCCCACCCGGCACCAAAUUUCCCAAGGCCAAAAACGGUCAGAUUGGUGAAAUAGGCUGGCCGGUAGAGACAUUCAAGAUAGUAAAAGGAAUCUGAACAAAAUCCGUGUCAAUAAAUACCUGUAUUUACUUACAAUAUAUCGUAUUGUAACCACUCUACAUUCUUGCACGUGCUGCUGAUAUUGAUUUAAUGCCAUUGCAGUAUUAUUUCCCAUUUAUCUAUUUAUUCUACCGACUCAGUAUUAGAUUGUUAGCUUAUUUUAAUUAUUGUCACGAAAGAAGCAGAAAUUCUUUUGUAUAAAAUCGUUCAGUUUUA